GGGAGGGCUGGCAUCGGAGUGGGGUGGGGAGGGGGCUGCCCCAGAGACAGCUGCUCACUGGUUUCCGCUCUUGUCUGGUUCCCUUUCAGAGACACCGCCACCCCCUUAUUCCAAAAUCUCCCCCUUCAGCUGCCCCUGGGCAGAGGUGUCGGAGCGCCCCAACUCCAGCCACCUGGAGUCUGGUUGCAAUGCCCACGGAGACUGGCGAGACCCCGGCCUGGCAUGGAGCACCACCAGGGACGGCUGCUGGUGCAAGCUGGCCUAUUGGGAACACCGGACACGGGUGGGCCGUCUCUACGCCGUGCACGAAACCUCCGUCAACAUCUUCUGCGAGCUGCCGCAGGGGAGCGGCUUCUCCCUGGGCCAACUGCAGGCCGAGAGGCGCAGCGCGGCCGUGCGCCGGGCCCGGAGCAAGAUCGGCCGCGGGCUGCUGCUGAGCCGGGAGCGGGACGGAGUGUGGGCCUACAACCGCAGCGAGCACCCCAUCUUCGUCAGCUCUCCCACGCUGGGGCCCCCCGGCGCCCGCGGCCCGCCCGUGCACAAGGUGCUGCCCGGCUACUCCCUGCAGGUCUUUGACUACGAGCGCGCGGGUGGCCAGGCCGGCUGGCGGAGGCCAGGCGAUGGGCCCUGCGACCCCAACAGCAUCCGCAUCAGCUUCGCCAAGGGCUGGGGCCCCUGCUACUCGCGGCAGUUCAUCACCGCCUGCCCCUGCUGGCUAGAGAUCCUGCUCACCAAGCCCCGCUGAGCCGGGGCCCAGCCCAGCUGCUCCCGCUGCGGCCAUGGGCCCUGCCAGCCGACUGGAGUGGGGGCGCGUC